GGGGUGGGUUGGGGGGGAGAAGUGUAGUUAUGGAGUGAAUGAUGGAAGGGGUGGCCAUGCUAAGGCAACUUAUUGGACAAUUACAAGAGGUUUUGGAACUCUACGGUUCUCCUCCUCCUCAUACGGUUCCUUCCAAUUACUUCAUUCAGUUGCAAGCUCAACCACAGCCCGAGUCGCAGCAGCAUCCCCUCAGAUGGUGCCUUUUCAAUCUUGAAGGACGCUCGUUGGAAGAUAGUUGCUGUAAUAUCAUAAUGACUGCUGGUAAAUCCAAAAAUCUGAAAAUGCUGGAACCUGGUAAACCUCCGCCAACAAAGAAAGCUCGAAAGGAGCGCAAUCAAGGCAAAGCAACUACCACUAUGAACUUGACCGAAAACAUGGAACAGCAUAUCUGGAAGGAAUUUCCAGAAGACCUCUUUGAAGCUGUGAUAGCAAGACUCCCGAUAGCAACAUUCUUCCGUUUCCGUUCAGUUUGCCGGAAGUGGAAUUCAUUGCUGACGUCCCAGAGUUUCUCCCAGCAAUGUGCUGAAGUGAACCAGCAAAAGCAGACUUGGUUUUACACUAUCACUCAUGAAAACAUCAACACAGGAGCAAUGUAUGAUCCGUCGUCGAAGAAAUGGCACCAUCCAACAGUUCCUGCCUUGCCAACAAAACUGAUAGUCUUGCCAGUGGCAUCAGCAGGGGGUCUCAUCUGCUUUCUUGAUAUCGGACACAGAAGCUUCUAUGUCUGUAAUCCUCUGACAAGAUCCUUCAGGGAGUUGCCUGCUAGGUCUGUUAAGGUCUGGUCCCGUGUGGCUGUUGGGAUGACUCUGAACGGGAAGUCUUCCAUCUCUGGGUAUAAGAUCCUUUGGGUUGGUUGCGAGGGGGAAUAUGAAGUCUACGAUUCCAAAAACAACUCUUGGACUCGUCCAGGAAGCAUGCCCUCGAAUAUCAAGCUUCCACUUGCACUAAACUUCAGGUCUCAGGCCGUCUCUGUCGAGGGGACGCUCUAUUUCAUGCGUUCGGACCCAGAUGGGCUUCUGUCCUACGACACGGAAAACGGGAUCUGGAAACAGUUUGCAAUCCCGGGCCCUCCACAUCUAAGUGAUCUCACAUUGGCUGAGUGUGGGGGGCGGAUCAUGCUCGUGGGGCUGCUGACCAAGAAUGCAGCCACAUGCGUCUGCAUAUGGGAGCUGCAAAAGAUGACCCUACUGUGGAAGGAGGUUGACAGAAUGCCAAACAUAUGGUGCUUGGAAUUUUACGGAAAGCACGUCAGGAUGACUUGUCUGGGCAACAAAGGCUUGCUCAUGCUGUCACUGAGAUCAAGACAGAUGAAUCGGCUCGUUACAUACGACUUAUCAAGCAGGGAGUGGCUUAAGGUCCCUGGUUGUGUUCUUCCACGUGGGAGAAAGAGACAAUGGAUUGCAUGUGGCACUGCAUUUCACCCUUGUUUGACGGCGCUGGCUUAGUUUUGCCUUGACUCAAAGUCCGCACAGCAUGUCGAUGUUAACAGUAUGUAAUCUCAGAUGGCUGCAAUUGAGCUCUCCACAGCUCGAUUUUGCUUUCGAAUGAUGAAGACCACCUCGGAGCAGGCGAAAACGGUACCUUUUCUUUUCUCUUGUAUAACCAUCAAACAUUGAAUUUGUGAUCCGGGGAACAAUUUGUAUGGCUUCGUGUUUUCAGUUAGCUGGCUUGUGAAGGAUAUCCAAAGCUCUAAUCUCCAUUCAAAUAAUCACUGUACAUUCCUUUUCAUUAAGGAUAUUCCUCGUACUAUCUGCCAUUUUCUAAUGUUCA